AUGAAUUUGACUGGCGAGAAGAUCAAACUCAUUGUGUUUUCACUUGCCGGAGCUGUUCUCGCAUAUGGGGUUUACAAAUGGCAGUCGCCCAAGGAGCCGCCAAAAAAAGAAGAUAAGGAUCCCAGUUGCCCCAUGGGAUCCGGAAAAUCCGCAGAACAGAGAUUUACCGAGGCACUGGCGGAACAAGUGGAAAGAAUUCAGAUCAUCCAGCCCAAGACAAACCCGGACCUCGAAAAUUGGACAUCCCUCCUCCGCUGUUUGCUCAUACUCUGCGUUCUCAUCCUGAUCUCGAGUCUUUUCACCCGCUGCCUCCCGCUGUGA